CAACCCUACACUUUCUGUAAUUAUUUUUCAUACUAUAUUUAACGAGAUCGUGGAAAAUGUAAGCUAGUUUAAUUGUUUAACAAGUGGGCGAAAUGUGCGCGUGUUGCCAAAUUCAAGCCAAAAUCGAGACUCGUCGCCGUUUUCGAACUGUAUGGUUGGCUUUUCCUGCUGUCGGCCAUUAGUGCACACAAGAGAGAAAACGGGAAAAUAAUACCGACUGUGUGUUGUGCGUGCGUGUGUGUUUGUGCGAGUGUGCACUGAAGUGUUGUGGGCUCGGAAAACUCCAAGAAGCCAACGGAAAAGUGGGGGCCCAUCAAUAAAUUCUAAACGUUUCGUCGAGUGCAAACGCCGAACAGGGUGAUCCGAGCAAGCAAAAGCAACCAAGACAUACAUGUGUACCUGCACUGGUUUCUGGCCCUAGAACAGCUGUGCAUUAAAAGGCGCUAGACGUAGAGGCGGCGGAGGAAGCAGGAGACAAACAGAAGAGGAAGACGAAGCGGCAGGUGGAGACGAAGAGGCAGAACAAAACGGCAUGUCCAGCGAGGAAGACAAACCGCCGGCGCCGCCCGUGCGCCUCACCAGCAACCGAGGUGGUAUCGAGCGAUCCGCGGGAGGAGGUGUCGGCGGAGGCGGCGGCAGCGGCGAUGUUCCGCCCGACAUGCGUCCGCUGCCCAAGGAACCCGACGAUGCCGACCGCAAAAAAAAGACGCUUAAGAGCAAGAUUAAGGGCUCCAAGCCUUCGCACACGGACUCCAAGCCGAACAUCUCAUAUCCCACGAACUUCGAGCACACGGUCCAUGUGGGCUUUGAUGCCGUGACCGGCGAGUUUACGGGAAUGCCAGAGGCGUGGGCGCGUCUGCUGAUGAACUCGAACAUUAGCAAGCAGGAGCAAAAGAAGAAUCCCCAGGCCGUGCUCGAUGUUCUCAAGUGGUUCGAUAAUACAACCAAACAGAGGCCAAGUUCCAAGUACAUGACAAAUGCCAUUACGACGCAUUCAGGUUCAUCGCUUAGCCGAGUCAGCAGCAGCAGUCCCAGCAGCACGCCCACAGACUCGGAACUUCAUGGUUCUAACAGUGGUGGCAACCUUAUUGGCGUGCAACUGGGCAGCAUGACCCUAGGCCCCAAUGCCAAUAAUGUUGCUGUCGCUGGACAAAUCCUGGGAAACCACUACCAACAGCAACAACAGCAGCAGCAUCUUCUCCAGCAGCAGCAACAGUUGCACCAGCACCACAACCAGCAUCACAUUGGCAUCAGUCAGUCGCACUCGUACAACUUUGGCGGCCACACGGCCUCCUCAUCCACAUCGCAACAUUCAUCCGCCAAUGAGGACGACAUGCUAGGACCGCAGCAUCCGCAUCAUCCUCAGCAAUUACAACAGCAGCAGCCGCCACCUCCGCCGGUGGCCUCCAGGCCUGAACGUACGAAAUCCAUCUAUACAAGGCCCAUCGAGGAGCUGCAGCCGGUGCCGCCAGCCAUUAGCAUGCCCAUGCCAGCGGCUCCUGCGACCACGCCCACAACGCCGCUGCAGAAUCAUCGAGCGCCGGGUGGAAUGGCAGCGCCGACUGCGUCGCCGUUGAUGCACAACAAUGUGACAACGACGCUGGACAAGAACAAGAACAACGCAACUCCAACAUCCCCAACAACCACAACAACAGCAGAAACAGAAGGCACCGAUGCAACAUCAACAACAACAACGACAGCAACGGAAGCAGCAACAACAACUGCUGCUGCUUCUCUCUUGUCUGCUACUAACCCUAGUUGUACUACCACUACUACUACUUCUACUACCAUUGCUCCUGCUACUGCUCCUGCUCCAGCAGCGCCGCGUGGUAGCCUCGUCGAGGCAGCAACAGCCACCACUGCAACAGCAGAAACAGCUACAGCAGCCCCCACAGCAACAACGACUAAUCACCAUUCCUCUGCUUCCUCCUUUUCAUCAUUUCCAUCGUUCCACGACGACGAUGCCACGCACCUGCCACACGGCCUGCCUUCGAUCCACUGUCCAACGCCGACGCCCACGUCUUCCGCCCGUAACUCGACCGUUCCGCUUCCGGUUGCGGUUCCCCUGCCGCCAAUUAUAACGCCCGCCACACCCACACCCGCGACCACUGGAUCAUCAGAUCUGUAUACGCCAGACACGACGGCGGCAGCUGUUCCUCCACCGGCGGCUGGCAAUCAGAUCGCCGUGCCACAGGCAGCGUCGGCGGCGGCAGUCACGCCAAAUACCCGAGCGGCCAAUGCCAAGAAGAAGAAGAUGUCCGACGAAGAGAUCCUGGAGAAGCUGCGCACCAUUGUCUCCGUGGGCGAUCCGAAUCGCAAGUACACCAAGAUGGAGAAGAUAGGUCAGGGCGCCUCAGGCACUGUUUACACCGCGAUUGAAUCGUCGACGGGCAUGGAGGUGGCCAUCAAGCAAAUGAAUCUAUCGCAGCAGCCUAAAAAGGAGCUGAUCAUUAAUGAGAUCCUUGUGAUGCGGGAGAACAAGCACCCGAAUGUUGUCAACUACCUGGACAGUUAUCUGGUGUCCGAAGAGCUAUGGGUGGUCAUGGAGUACCUACCUGGCGGCUCACUCACGGACGUCGUUACGGAGACCUGUAUGGAUGAGGGCCAGAUAGCGGCCGUAUGCCGCGAGGUGCUUCAAGCCUUGGAGUUCCUCCAUGCCAACCAGGUCAUUCAUCGAGACAUCAAGAGUGACAACAUUCUGCUGGGCCUUGACGGCUCCGUCAAGCUGACUGAUUUCGGUUUCUGUGCGCAGAUCUCGCCAGAGCAAUCCAAACGCACAACGAUGGUAGGCACACCAUACUGGAUGGCGCCCGAGGUGGUCACCCGGAAGCAGUACGGACCCAAGGUGGACUUGUGGUCCCUGGGCAUUAUGGCCAUAGAGAUGGUCGAGGGUGAGCCGCCGUAUUUGAACGAGAAUCCGCUUAAAGCCUUGUACCUCAUUGCCACCAAUGGCAAGCCCGAGAUUAAAGAAAAAGACAAGCUGUCCGCAGCGUUUCAGGACUUCCUCGACCAGUGUUUGGAGGUGGAGGUCGAGCGACGAGCCAGUGCAAUGGACUUGCUGAAGCAUCCGUUCCUGAAACUGGCCCGUCCAUUGGCCAGUCUGACGCCUUUGAUUAUGGCCGCCAAGGAGGCCACCAAGGGCAACUGAUUGACAACCAAGAAGAAGCCGCUUAUUUAACCAUUACUAAUGAAUUAUUACUGCAGAAAACAACAAGAAAAACAGCAACAACAACAACCACAAUAGCUACAAUAACAUUUAUGCAUAUUGAACAGAUGAUGAAUUAAUGAUUAUGAUUACUAUUAUUAAUUAUUUAUAUAAACGUAUUAUAUACACACACACAUAUUAUAUUAUAUAUAUUCUAACAAAAACAAAAGAGAAACUGCAUACAGCAACCGAGAGACACGCGUAGUUCAAUUUACAAAAUUCGGUUAUCUGAUUUUUAUACAAACCCUGCAAGAAAAAAGAGAUCACACCAUCGAAAAAUUAUGUUUCCAACAUUUGUUAUACCAAAACAUAAAUUUAAAUUUGUAUUUGUACUUGUAUAGACCCAUAAUUUGUAUCAAGCAUUUUGAAUGCUUAUCCAAAUUGUAAGCUUAAAGAGAGAUCGAUCAUUCAAAGAAGAGAACAUAACAAAACACGUACAUUAUAGUUGUCAAGAUUUAUACAUAUACAUUACAAUUGGUAACUUUUGCAUUUAAACAAAAUGAAGGGAAAUAUACUUACAUAUUUUUACAUUGUAUAAAGCACGUUUAAUUUCAUUUUUUCCCCAUUAAAUUUCUAUAAGAAAGCUUAAAGAAUGUACGAAUUAUCUAUGAGAGAGAGGAUGAACACACGAGAAACUUUGCUGUUACUAACCUAAUAUGACUUGGAGUAUUAUCGCUGAUUUUAGUAAAAGUUUCAUUUAGCUUUUAUAAACUGCUUUAUGUAAUAAAAGUACUAUAUUUUUUAUAUGAUUUUA